GGAGGAGAAGAACGCAGCGCGGGCGGUAAUGCUGCAGCAUGGAACCCGCCAGAACGUGGAACGGUAUAAACAGAAGCGGAAACAGCAGACCUGCAUCUUUCGGGAGAAAAAACGCCGCCUGGAAGAAGCCGAGUGCGAAAUGGAACUGCUGUGCUGUUCCCAAGAAACACGGAAGUUCUACCAGAAGCUCAACGCAUCCCGCAACGGCUUCGUGCCACGAGCCGAAAUGUGCAAGAAUAAGGACGGGAGCCUCUUGACGAACGAACGUGAGGUGAUUGAAAGGUGGAAGCAGCACUUCGAUGCGCACCUGAAUGGCGAGGAGAACGUAAGCACGGGAGAUCAGCGCAAUGGAGGAAACGACUACGUCAGUGCAGAAGAGGACGGAACUGACCCAACUCCCAUGCUGAGCGAAGUUAAGGAUGCCAUUCAGUAGCUCAAAAACAACAAAGCAGCUGGUAAGGAUGGUAUCGCAGCCGAACUCAUCAAGAUGGGCCCAGAAAAGUUGCCCACCUGCCUGCACCGGAUGAUAGUCAGGAUCUGAGAAACAGAACAGCUACCGGAGGCGUGGAAAGAGGGGGUAAUCUGCCCCAUUCACAAGAAAGGCGACCAUUUGGAAUGUGAGAACUUCAGAGCGAUCACCAUUUUGAAUGCCGCCUACAAAGUGCUAUCUCAGAUCAUCUUCCGUCGUCUAUCACCUAAAAUGACCGAGUUCGUGGGAAGUUAUCAAGCCGGCUUCAUUGACGGCCGAUCGACAAAGGACCAGAUCUUCACCGUUGCCUCCAGAAAUGCCGUGAAUACCAGAUCCCAACUCAUCAUUUGUUCAUCGACGUUAAGGCGGCAUACGACAGUAUCGACCACACAGAGCUAUGGAAAAUCAUGGACGAGAACGGCUUUCCUGGGCAGCUGAUCAGACUGAUCAAAGCAACGAUGGACGGUGUGCAAAACUGCGUAAGGGUUUCGGGUGAACUAUCCAGUUCAUUCGAAUUUCGCCGAGGACUGCGACAAGGUGACGGACUCUCAUGCCUACUCUUCAACAUCGCUCUAGAAGGUGUAAUGCGACGAGCCGGACUCAGCCGGCACCGGUGAACUAUACACCCGCCUGAAACACGAAGCAGCAAAGGUCGGACUGGUGGUGAGUGCGUCAAAAACAAGUACAUGCUAGUAGGCAGAACCGAACAUGACGGGAUUCGUCUAGGAAGUAAUGUCACGAUAGACGGGGAUACUUUCGAGGUAGUGGGGGAAUUCGUUUACCUUAGAUCCUUACUGACGGCUGACAACAAUGUGAGCCGUGAAAUACGAAGGCGCAUCAUCAGUGGAAGUCGUGCCUACUACGGGCUCCAGAAGAAACUACGGUCAAAAAAGAUUCCCCCGCACCAAAUGUACCAUGUACAGAACGCUAAUAAGACCGGUGGUCCUCUAUGGACACGAGACAUGGACUAUGCUCGAGGAGGACCAGCCAGCACUCGGAGUUUUCGAGCGACGUGUGCUAAGGACGAUC